ACAUUCUAUUUCGAUUGGGUGCUGUCAAAGCCAAUAUUAUCUAUAUUUGGAGUUAUAAAUGCUGGAAUGGGCAUAGCGAGUGCGAUGGGUGGACUGGUACUGCUUGGCUUGCAGUACAACGACAUUGUUGCAGUGAUGCCGUUUUUAGUUGUUGCGGUUGGAACCGACAAUAUGUUUUUAAUGGUAGCGGCCGUAAAGCGGACUUCUCGCGCAUUAACUGUGGAUAAACGACUUGGUGAAUGCAUGGCUGAUGCAGCUGUUUCAAUUCUCAUAACAGCUCUCACAGGCAAGUCAACUUAG